AUGCGCUUUAACGACAACCGUUGGACCAGAACAGUGAGCGACUGGGUUCCCCGCGAUAUUGAGCGCACUACAAGAAGACCGCUGACCCGAUGGUCAGAUUUCUUCACGAAGUCCUUCAAAGAAAAUUAUGAUGCUCUUCGUGGUUUUAUGCGAAAGGAGGAACCACUGGGCGACUCUGGCAUGCGAUCGGGACAAAUGGAAGAAUUACUGGCGUCCGCUCGACCACUUCGAAGAUCCACCGGAGUCAAGGAGAUCAAGUGGGUAGGCCUGCUAGUGCGACCUUGCCCUUGUUUUCAUCACAAAGUUGCCGACCCACCUAUGUCUUCUCAUACUCUUUCCAAAGACACUCCGGAUAUUGAGACAGCGUGUACAUCUGACCAUCCUCUGGCGUUCUCUUGCUGUCCUAUAUGUCGGACAGCUGUCACUGUAGUGUUGGCCCUUAACGUCGCAGAAGGCACACCUCAGGAAGCGGUCUCCGUCGCGCAAACUGCUAUGGCGCGAGAAGAUUCGGUUUGA